CUGCCUAUAUCCGGUGUGGGCGGGCCGACGGCAGUCUUUUCGGCUUUCGGCUCGGAGGAGGCAACGGUGCAACUUUCCUCGGUCGUCCCGAAUCCGGGUUCAUCCGACACCAGCCGCCUCCACCAUGCCGCCCAAGUUCGACCCCAACGAGGUCAAAGUCGUGUACUUGAGGUGCACCGGAGGUGAGGUCGGCGCCACGUCCGCCUUGGCCCCCAAGAUCGGUCCCCUGGGUCUGUCCCCGAAGAAAGUUGGUGAUGACAUUGCCAAGGCGACCGGUGACUGGAAAGGCCUGAGGAUCACGGUGAAGCUGACCAUCCAGAACAGACAGGCCCAGAUUGAGGUGGUGCCCUCUGCCUCCGCCCUGAUCAUUAAGGCCCUCAAGGAGCCACCACGAGACAGAAAGAAGCAAAAGAACAUUAAACACAGCGGAAACAUCACUUUUGAUGAGAUUGUUGGCAUUGCCCGGCAGAUGCGACACCGAUCUUUGGCCAGAGAGCUUUCUGGAACUAUUAAAGAGAUCCUGGGUACUGCACAGUCUGUGGGCUGCAAUGUGGAUGGCCGCCACCCUCAUGACAUCAUUGAUGACAUCAACAGUGGUGUCGUGGAGUGCCCAGCUAGUUAAGCAACAAGAGAAAAUACUUCAAUAAAAGACUUGUGAUAA